ACGAUGGAUUGAAAGCGUUACCCGUCGUGAUCCGAAUCGGAAGCUGCCGGCGAUACUCAAAUUCGGAGACGACGACGACCAAGAACAGAUUGUUGCAGGUACUCACUAUGCAGAUACUGAAGUGCCCAUCAAGAGAGCACAGUUUCAUUCAGUUUCUGUUCAUCUCUGCUUUUGUAUUUGGAUUCAACGGUGCUGCAUCUGUACCCGUCCCCGAUUCGAACUGCUAUGCUCUCGACAAUUCAAGUCGUCUUGUUGAUUUUAGCAGCUGGAUCGGUCAUCCAUUUGAAUAUGAUGGCAAGGAAUUUGAUUUGGUGGUUAGAUUUUGCAAAGAUGUGGAAACAAGAGGGCAGGCGGGAUAUGUUGAUUUUGGAAGAUUUGACCCGUUAAGCUACUUUGUUUCUAGCUCUGGACAUUUCGAUUUUGUUCAAGGGUUUUAUCACGGCGACCUGUCGAAUUGUGAGCAGAGUUAUGACAAACUUGGACGUACAGCACAGGUCAAUAUUAUUUGUGGGAACUGUGUUGAUGGACGCUGUAAAGGUGGACUUGGAUGCAUAUGUAGUGUAACUCAAGAUUCAACUUGCAGAGUUACUGUCGAGUUGGCCAUUCCGUGUGAGAAACCUGGCCCACGUGUUUUUAAAGGAUUCACGGUCGGUUUGCAUCCUCGCUCAUGGGAAAUUAUAUAUAAUGGGAUGACGCAAUUUGGAUUUGACAAACCCCAUCGUGAAUUUAGCUUCAAGACCGAGCACACUCAUCUUACUCUCUAUAUGACUGCAAUUGCUUCUCUUUCAACAUUGGUAGGGAAGCCUAUCAUCAAGGUUUACCCGGAGAAUGGUCUUUCUGUUAAGAUAUCUGGUUCUUCCUUGACUGCGAAUCAUCCAACAACGUUAUCACCUUCAACCUUAGUACUGGAUUGGAAUUGUGAGAAAUCUCGGCGAACUCCAUAUGAAGUCAAUGUCACCAUCCCAGUGGAUGGUUAUGAUCCUGUUCAGUUUUUCCUCACAAAACUCUGCGAAUACAACCAAGGUGGUGAAGGAGGAUCAGCGAAAGGAUGGGCUAUAUUCGGAGUUUUUUCCUGCGUAUCCCUCGUUGCAUUUACACUUUUCUGCUGUGGAGGAUUUGUCUACAAAACACGAGUAGAACGCGUGCGUGGGAUUGAUGCAUUGCCAGGCAUGUCACUUCUAUCAGGCUUACUAGAAACUGUGAGUGGAAGUGGACAAAGCUACUCAAGAACUGAAGAAAUUAACAAUGCUUUUGCCAAUGAAGUCUCAUGGGACCGCUCUUCCUCGUCUUCUACUCAAGCACCAACACAGAGGCCAAGUGAAAGAACAUAUGGUGCGAUCUAAAUUGUUAAUUGCCUUUGCGAGUGGUCUGUCUCAAUCAAUGGUAUGGCAUGUAGUUGAACUGUGGUUUUCGGGUUUUACCUUUUUUAUUUUCACUUUCAUGUUUAGUUUCUAGAAUGAGGGGAGAAAAUCGUGAAAGAGUCAAAAAGUUGAAAGUUGCACCUUGAGAUUGCUUUUAACUGCAGAUUCAUGUGUUCUGAUAGAAAAGGACAAAAAAGCUUCCUUUCUUUGCUUUGGUUACAAGAACAAGAGCGGGUUCACAAGUCAAACAAAGAUAGAAAACUUGAAGAGACUUUUUUUUGUCGUCAAAAGAGAGUAGUUAGAAUCUCUUCCUACUCUCUUCUCUUUCUCACUACGUAAAAGUCUUGGACUUUGUCUCUGCGAACAUAUUUUUAUGUAUAACCAAGUCAUUUGCAAAAGUUAAU